AUGAAUUUUUCUGGCGAUGGUAUUGUCUCCGCUCCCGAGGCGCCAAUCCAACUUUCGGAGACGGGAACCGAUCCUCUUCACGUUCAGACACGCAGCCACUCAGUGCAGACUCGUCUCUCCUCCCUGCCCAGCCCGCAUUCAGGAGCAGCCUCCCAGGCUUCAACUGCAACCUCUACGGGUCCGGUCAUCUUGCAUCAGGUCCUCAUCGACCCCUCGGUGGAGGCGCAGUGUGAAAAGGAGGAAGACAGCGGCCUCACUGCAAUCCUCCCUCUGCUGAAGCAGUGCACCAGGUCCUCUGGCAACUGGACUCACCAGUUGGCCGGUGACAGGCCACGUAUAUCCCCUGCCAGUACGAUAAAAUUAUCCGAAAAAACUUCACUUCAACGUCAUCGCCCUCCAUGCAUUCACCAUCAACGUCGGGUACCUGAGGCCCCAAGCAAGGGCCGUUCCUCGGCUAGAGAUGCACCUUCCCGGGAUUUGCACCGCCACCGUCACAACACUGUUGCUAAAUCCUUACCUUACGUCCCCACAAGAAUUCCACCACCCCCCAACGCCCUCCUUGAGAACCCUGUGUCCGCGGAACCAUUCCAGCCCACUUCGCGAAGCCAUGACAUCCGAAGUACCGCGCAUGACAGUCGACGUCCGGGCCCACGCGAACCACGCCUUGAAGGUGAUGGAUCAGCAACCCCAUCCACUGCAGUUUCCAGUGUCCCGACGUCACUCCCGAGAAAGGCCACUUCUCGAACGCAUCGCCAGCUCCUCACACCUCCUGCUGUCGAGGCUCAACCCGCACCCCCCGUCGCUCCUCGAUCUCGCCGCAAUCCACCAAUGGCCCGCACAACAACCUCCCUCAGCCAACCCAGUUUACCCCAGAGGGGUGGCCACCGUAGAAGCUACGACGAGGUCGACUUCCUCCUCUAUAACCUGUGCUUAAAUAUCGAAAGCGCACUCUGA